GAAUUGCCAGCGAGGCUCCUCCGCCUUCAAAGUCAGAACUCCGAAGAGAUCGUAAUUGAAUCCAACACGCAGCGCCAUCGUUGCAACUCUGCAACUCAAACUCCAUCUCUACGCUUUCUCUUGCGUUUCCCUUCUUCCUUCCGCCGAUUCCCCGUCUCAGCCCAAUCCAAGUUCUCUCUCGCCGCGGAUCUCCAACCGGAAUGUCAUACGCCUACCUUUUCAAGUACAUAAUUAUCGGCGACACUGGAGUUGGAAAAUCAUGUCUUCUUCUCCAGUUUACGGAUAAGAGAUUCCAGCCUGUUCAUGACUUGACUAUUGGUGUGGAAUUUGGUGCCAGGAUGAUCACCAUCGACAGCAAACCAAUUAAGUUGCAAAUUUGGGAUACGGCUGGUCAAGAAUCCUUCAGGUCUAUUACGAGGUCCUACUAUAGAGGGGCUGCUGGUGCAUUGCUCGUCUACGACAUCACCAGGAGGGAGACCUUUAAUCACUUGGCUAGCUGGCUUGAAGAUGCAAGACAGCAUGCUAAUGCGAACAUGACAAUAAUGCUUAUUGGUAAUAAGUGUGAUCUUGCGCACAGAAGGGCCGUCAGCACAGAGGAAGGGGAGCAGUUCGCAAAGGAACAUGGUUUGAUUUUUAUGGAGGCCUCUGCUAAAACUGCUCAAAAUGUUGAGGAGGCAUUCAUCAAAACUGCUGCAACCAUAUAUAAGAAGAUCCAGGAUGGAGUGUUUGAUGUAUCUAAUGAGUCAUAUGGGAUAAAAGUUGGAUAUGGUGGAAUCCCAGGGCCAUCCGGAGGCAGGGAUGGUACUUCUGCUCAAGCUGGGGGUUGUUGCAGUUGAGUCUUGCUGCUCAAAUCGAGUACGUCGUUUUACAUUCUCUUUAAAUUCCUUUGUCAAUUACGAGUGUCUCAAGCCCCCCCUCCCCCUCCAAGGAAAAAAAAUGGCAAAGAAAAGGAACCCGUUUUAGGUUAAUCAGGUAUUUGUAUAAUCAUUUGAUAUGUUGUGCCUUUUUCUUACAAUAAGCUGAUUGUGUCUUGAUCAUAUUUGAUUGUAAAGGUAAAUUCAUACUAAUGCAUGAUAUUUGUGACAAAGUUUCAUAGUUUUAAUAAGUCGAGUUUAUAGAGGUAGAGUUAGCA